UAAGGGUACAUCCAAUACAUUUGAUGUUUCACUAUAAAAGCUCCUGAGCGUCUUCACGCUUCAAGACCAACCAAACCCAGGGAUCCCCUAGAGAAGAGCUUAGGAGGCGAGGAACUACAGAUCUAGGGUUAGGGUUUUUAGAAAAUGACGUUCAAGCGCAGGAACGGUGGCCGCAACAAGCAUGGCCGUGGCCAUGUGAACUUCAUCCGCUGCUCCAACUGCGGCAAGUGCUGCCCUAAGGAUAAGGCUAUCAAGAGGUUUCUUGUGAGGAACAUUGUUGAACAAGCUGCAGUUAGGGAUGUUCAAGAAGCCUGUGUUUAUGAUGGUUAUACGCUUCCAAAGCUGUACGCGAAGAUGCAGUACUGCGUCUCCUGUGCAAUUCAUUCGCACGUUGUAAGGGUUCGUUCUCGCACUGACAGAAGAAAGCGGGAGCCACCUCAGCGCUUCAGACGCCGGGAGGACGGACCAAAGCCUGGGCAAGCUGCACGCCCUGCUGGUGCUGCAAAUCCUGGACGCGUUUGAAAGCUUUUUAGAAUCUCACUAUAUUCAUCUGGGCAUGAAGAUAUUUCUGAAAUGUUUUGUUUUGUGUGGUUAUGGUUUUGCUUAGAUUCUACCAUAGGAGUAAAGGUUUUGCUCAAGACUCCAAAAUUUCCCAUAAUUGAAUGAUCCGCCCAUUAACUGUUGGGUUUUGAUGUUAUUUGACAGUCAAAAACUCAGUUCAGCGUGUAUUUUAAUGAAAUGGGUAAUGGAGAGAACCUUGUUGAGUUUUAAA